ACAUCAUUUUGGUAUCAAAGCUAGUUGUUACUCUUCUCUCAAGGACCAUACACACUUCCCCAACUCCCUCCCUAAAUUCGGCCUAACCACAUUUAAUCUCUACUCCCACUUCAUCCCUUUUCCUAUCAACCAUGUCAAACCGAUCCCGAAGCAUGUCCCAUGAAGAACUUGUGGCCUCAAACACUGCUUUACAAGCUCAAGUGGAGUACCUAGCCAAAGAAGUGGCUAAGCUCACAAAGCAAAAGAUGUCCAUGCUACGAGAUAGUGAAGAUGAAGAGGAAUCCAGCUCUAGUGCCACCAUGAGAGCUAGGGCUCACGAAAAGUCAUAUUCUGACUCCAAAGUUGAUAUUCCAAUCUUUGAAGGAAAGAAUGACCCGGAUGAAUUUCUUGAGUGGUUAGAGACGGUGGAACGAGUCUUUGAUUUCAAAGAAGUCUCCGGUGACAAGAAGGUCAAGAUUGUGGCCUUAAAAUUCCGCAAGUACGCCUCCACUUGGUGGACGAACACCUGCACCAAACGGAUUCGAAGUGAGAAGCCUCCCAUUGACUCAUGGCAAAAGAUGAGGAGUCUCUUGAAGAAGAAGUUCCUACCCACUGAAUAUUCCCGAGAGAACUUUGCUAAGCUUCAAACGCUUAGGCAAGGUACGAAGUCCGUGGAAGACUACACCCGGGAGUUUGAGGAACUCCUACUCAG